GUGCGGGAGGAAUGAGCAGCGGGCUGGUGCUGCGCACCCCGCUCCCCGAGGACGCCUCGGCGUUCACGCCGCUGAAGCCCGUCACCAUGUCGGGGGAACCCGGCGAAGACACCCCCGUCUUCGAGGACAUCAAACCCCCCGCCCGGCCCCUGGAAAACCCACCCGACCUGGCGCAGCUGCACCCGAUGAGGAUGGAACAGCGGAUGCCGCCACUCGUUCUUGAGGCACGGUCCGAAAUGGAUAAGUACCUUUCAAAUGAGGUGCCACCCAUCCCAAUGAUACCAGACAAGAAGUACCGCCGGGAGAGUGCCUCGGUGGUGGAUGAGUUCUUCUCCACAGAGAAGCCCACUUCGACGCCGUACAGUGUGAACAUCAACGUGAUUCUGCCAGACACGACCCACCUGCGCACCGGACUUUACCGGCCGCCCAAACCCAUGACGCCAUUCCCGCAGAUCAAAACAGAGCCCGGCACCAGCUUCGCCCAGCCCUGCUCUUCUGCCUCCGGCUCCACACAGACCCUGCCCGACUUCACCAGUGUCUUCAGCAUGCCCCAGUCGGUGGCGGUGAACAACAUCUUCAUCAAGCAGGAGAUGCCCUCUGAGAUCCCCUUGGCCGCCAACCCGCAGCAACCCCAGCUUUACCAGAUGCCUCUUGGCAACGGAGGCGCUGACGUUCCCACCCUGACAUCCUCCUCCAACAGCACCACGGCCAUCAACAGCCUCAGUGGUGUUACCAUGUCCACAGGUAACAUCAUGUCCAGUGUGGUCCACAGACCUGUCCAGCCAGUUAAGCAGUACCCACACGUCUCCCAGGGACAGGGAAACUUCAGCAUCUCAGGGCAGUUCUACCAUGCUCCGGGGGUGAACCUGCCCCCUUCACCCCCCAACUCACAGCCUGGCAGCCCAGAAAAUCAACCGGAGCUCAUCAACACCAUCUCUCCCCCACCAUCCUAUGAAGCCACUUUUGGACUGAAGUUGGUCCAGUCAUCCCAGGUCCCCCCAGUCCCCAACGGCCUCGGAGCCCUCUCCCAAGGGCACACUGUCAUGCAGCCCCCCAAAUACAACAGACGCAACAACCCUGAGCUGGAGAAAAGGAGAAUCCAUCACUGCGACUAUCCAGGUUGCUCAAAAGUUUAUACCAAGAGCUCCCACCUGAAGGCACAUCAGAGGACUCACACAGGCGAGAAACCCUAUAAAUGCACCUGGGAGGGCUGCGACUGGCGCUUUGCCCGCUCCGACGAGCUGACCCGGCACUAUCGGAAGCACACGGGUGCCAAGCCCUUCAAGUGCCUCGCCUGCGGCCGGUGCUUCUCCCGCUCCGACCAUCUGGCUCUCCACAUGAAAAGGCACCAGAACUAGGAGCCGCCUGCGGUCGCCACUUCUCCAAGAGCAGCUGAAACUCUUUUUUUUUUUCUUUCCCGAGGGGGGGGCCUCUCCUCUUCCCGUACGUAGGAACAAACCCACCACUGUGAUCAACCGGCAGGGCAGGGGUGGUGGGCAACCCCAACCCCCCCCACCCCCCGCCCCUUGCAAGCCCUGUCCCCAACCGAUCCUGGUUCUAAAAGAAAUAUCAUUAAAAAAGAUUUAUAAUUACAGACUGAUCUCAUGACGAGGCUCCCCGUGGCACUGGGGCAAUGGACCUUGGAUUCCAAAGGGCUUUCUUCGGCAAACCUGCUAUUUAUUUGUCACUCAGGAGCAACCAUCCUUCGUGUCUCAAGCUCUUUGGGAUUUUUUUUUUUUUUUAUUUUUUUUUUUUAAACCCCUUUCAGGGUGGUGCCUUUGGUGACCCCGAGGAGGGUUGGGAGCCUGGCUGUGCGUGAGGGGUCUCGCUUCAAACCCCUCGGUGCAAUCCUCUCGGACUGCCCCGUGGAAGUGGCACCUCUGACGUGCGAGAACAGGAGCACGUGCCCAGGUUUUUUUUGGGCUGACAAUCCCAGUCUCUGGGAGGGGGGGGGGGGGGAGGACACGUAGAAGAAAGAGCCUAUCUCAUGCUCACCUGAUGUGCCUUCAAGUGAGGGACAGAUGACAAAAGCCAUCAGCUGUGUCCCGUUGAGCACACCUGCGUUUUCCUGGCAGCCAGCUCACUCGGGACCGCGAAUAUCUGCCCUGCUCGGCCGGGAUUUUUUGGUUGUGUCCUUAGCAUUUCUGCUUCCAGGAUGAAUUUUGACUUCAGGUGUCUCUGGGAGGACCAGCAUGAGGUCUUGAAGCCGCCCAGGGGACUGCAAAAAAAAAAACCAAAGCCACUGAUAACGCUCUGGUUUCCCAGAGCCUUUUUCCAAAAAGCUCUGGGCAGACUCUGCUCGCGCCUUGAACACGCGCACAAGGAAUCACUCGUCGCCAAUCACACCGGUCUUUUCGCUGUUGCUGUUUCAUCGCGUUCAGACAGAAAAGAAAAAAAGCAUCUUUGAACCAAAUUCCAAUAAAUCCUGCUGUUCAGAUUGUAAUCACGUUACCUACCUCACAGGUUCACCUCCUCGGGCUCCGUAAGGCACCUUCCCUCUUCUUCCGUGGGGUGCCGUGAUGCGGGGGGGGCACACCAGCCAUCCUUCAAAGUCUACCGGGGGGUUAAACUUAGGCAGAACGAGCACCAGGCCGUGCCGGUUUAAACAGCAGCCGUGCAGGUAAUAAAUAAAUCAGGAACAAAUAACGGGCCCGGUGCGUUCGACAGAUUUCCCCCAUGCCAUCCUCCUCUUUUGUUUUUUCCGUGAAUAAACGUAAGGCGCAGACUGA